AUGACGUUAUAUGCAUAUUUCUGUUUCCUGAUGACGGCCCUGGGUGUGACAGCUGGUGCACAUCGCCUGUGGAGCCACCGUUCCUACAAAGCCAAGCUGCCUUUGCGGAUCUUUCUGGCUGCAGCUAACUCCAUGGCUUUCCAGAAUGACAUCUAUGAGUGGAGCCGAGACCACCGUGUGCACCACAAGUACUCAGAGACGGACGCAGACCCGCAUAACGCCCGCCGCGGCUUCUUCUUCUCCCACAUCGGCUGGCUGUUUGUGCGCAAGCACCGGGACGUUAUAGAGAAGGGGAGGAAACUGGAUUUCACUGACCUGUUGGAUGAUCCCGUUGUCAGGUUCCAAAGGAAGUAUUACAAGAGUUCAGUUGUGCUGAUGUGCUUUGUGAUCCCUACCUUUGUGCCAUGGUACGUCUGGGGCGAGAGUCUGUGGAAUGCCUACUUCCUUGCCUCCAUCCUCCGGUACACCAUCUCUCUCAAUGUCACCUGGCUGGUCAACAGUGCCGCUCACAUGUACGGCAACCGCCCUUACGACAAGUACAUCAACCCCAGGCAGAACACCUUUGUCACUCUGGGAGCCAUUGGUGAGGGUUUCCACAACUACCACCACACCUUCCCAUUUGACUACUCAGCCAGCGAGCUGGGCCUGAAGUUCAACCCCACCACCUGGUUCAUUGACUUCAUGUUUUGGUUGGGGUUAGUCACUGACCGCAAGCAGGCUCCGAAGGAGAUGAUCCAGGCUCGCAAGGAAAGGACUGGAGAUGGCAGUGCUUGAAAAGUAACGCUUUGCUGUGCCAGCACUGUCGUACACAUGGAUGGGUGGGUGUGCGUGCACCCCCAUGCCUGUGGUAGAUUUAUUUUCCUCUGGGUAAAAUCAGUUUUUUCAGA